CAUUUAUUUAGAUACUCUUCCUCUCUCUAUAUAUAAGCAUACAUAUACUUGCCCUUCCCACAACAUCUACUGAAAAUUUGUUAAGCUCAUCACUCUUUACUCCUCAAUACAGAAAUGGCAACAGCUAAACGGUUUUUAGAUAAUACUAAUCCGGAUCCGAACCAACCGAAUUACAAACGCAUGAGGUCUUCUACUAUACCUUCUUUCGCUUCUGUUAUUAAGGAAGCAGUGAAGGCGAAUUUCCUAGAGAACGUGUCUUCUGCUUUGGAACCGAUGCUCCGUCGAGUGGUUGUUGAGGAAGUGGAGAAGGGACUAAGGCGUUAUUCAUGUCGUUCAUUAACGAGAUCUCCUUCACUAAGAAUCAAAGCAUUAGAACCAUCGAAUCUUCGUCUCAUUUUCAACAAAAAGCUCUCUAAACCAAUAUUUACCAGCAGCAAAGUCGUCGCCGCCGACGGUCAGAGUCUUCAAAUUCUUCUGGUGGAUACAAGCGGCGAAGGCAUGGUUCCGACGACUUUACCUUACCCUAUCAAAGUAGAACUCGUCGUACUCGACGGAGAUUUCCCGUCCGGAGAAACUGAAACUAAUUGGUCUCGCGAAGAAUUCGACAAACGCGUCGUUAAGGAGAGAACCGGAAAGAGGCCAUUGCUUACCGGCGAACUGAAUUUCACGAUGCGUGAAGGCGUCGUUCCCGUUGGGGAAAUCGAGUUUACUGACAAUUCCAGCUGGAUUCGGAGCCGGAAAUUUAGAAUUGGCGCAAAAGUGGUUCAAAUUGGAAACAAUCAAACUACUGUUCGAAUUAUAGAAGCCGUUACUGAAUCGUUUGUGGUUAAAGAUCACCGCGGAGAAUUGUACAAAAAACAUUACCCACCAGCACUAGGAGAUGAAGUGUGGCGUCUUGAGAAGAUUGGAAAAGAUGGAACUUUCCGCAAAAAGCUCUCUUCAAAAGGCAUCAACACUGUACAAGAUUUCUUGAAGUUGGCUACUAUUGACACACAACAAAUCAGAACUAUACUGGGAACUGGAAUGUCUGAUAAAAUGUGGGAAGUGACAUACAAGCAUGCAAAAACUUGUGAGAUGGGCUCGAAGUUAUUCAUGGCCCGUGGCUCAAACUACGUUCUAAUCCUUACUCCGAUUUGUGAAGUUGUUAGGGCAGUUAUUGAUGGGCAAAUUUACCCUACUUAUGACUUAACAGGAAUACAAAAGGCAUAUAUCCAGAAUUUGGUGAAAGAGGCUUAUGCCAAUUGGAGUUCUUUAGAGGAAGUUGAUGGUCUAGUUAAUGAGCCAGCACUACUAACUCAAGGAGAACCAAUGGUGGAUCAGUAUCCAAAUGUUCAUCAGCAGCAACAACCAAUGAUACGAUCCUAUCAACGAAACACAAUUUUGACAGAUGCAUCUGAACAAUUAAUCGAAUACAAUGACUGGACUGGUAAUCCUAACUACAUUUGAUACACCUGCUGAUAAUAACGGUGGUAGUUACUUUUCAGACGGAUAGAGAAUUGUGUUAAAUUUUACACUGUCAGCAUAUAGAAGUUAACUUGAAUUCUUGUAAACAGAAGACAAUGAAGGAUUGAAACUUAUGCUUAUAGGUAAAUGUACAUAGUGUGUAGGAACAAAAUUUUGCUCAAUAAAGGGCGGAAAAUUGUUGUACAAGUCGCGCCACCCCUUUUUAUAAGAUGUGUGGUCUGGCAAUAGUAUGCAAAAGUAUGUUUCAAUUUUUUUUUAAUUUAAGAUUCAAAGUUGAGUUGUCUAUUGUAGAGGGUGAUUGUUCAUUUAAUUGAAUGAACAAAUUAAUGGAAAUCUUUACUUUGAUUAUGCAUUCA